AUGAAAGUUCAUAUUAAAAUAAUUUUAACAUUAUUCGUAUUAUUAUCAAUUAAUUUACUAAUUCCUGCUCAACCAGUUGAAGUUAAUCGUACAUAUUUGAUAAAAAAAGAUUUUGUCAGUGGUCUUAAAGGAGGUGAAUUUACUGUUUAUGAUCAUACAGGAAAAACUCGUCUAUAUCGUAUGGAAUCAAAAUGGGGUUUAUCUCAUGAUGUUCAAGUAUUUAGUCUUCCAGAAAAAAAAUUAAUUGCAAGGUUAAAAGGUAUAGUAAUAUUUGCAACGUAUAAAGCAACAGUAACCAUUUUAAAUGCAAAUAAUAAUCAAUGGACAAAUGGAACAUUAGGACAAAAUUUUAAAAUAGUUGGAAAUAAAUUUACUAUUUCAUUUAAUAAGAAUCGGAUAGUAAUGGAAGGUACAGCUGCUUCAUUAAAUACUGAAUUUCAUGAACAACCAUUGGGAAAUACUGUAGCCAAAUUUCGAAAAAGAGUUAGUUCAUUGCUCUGGAGAAAUAAAUAUGAUCUACAAGUCUCAUCAAAUGCAUAUCCAGACACACUUUACUUUUUAGGAGUUGCAGCUAGAGAUCAUAAUAAUUUUAAACUUUUAUCGCGGCUAAUCAUUGCUCUCUAG